CCGUGUAGAAACGACGUGGCCUGUGUCUCUCCCGCAGAAAAGAAACGGUGACAGGCAUUGACACAAACAUGGGGGAUAUAAGGCUGCCGAGGCACAUGUUUCUGUGGAGCGUAUCUGUUAUUUACAUGCUUGCCUUCGCAUCUCUCUACGUUCAGAUACCAGGUCUCUAUGGAAACGAGGGGAUCCUGCCGGCGCGCUGGCAGAUGCGCUACACAGGGAAGCCGCUGCUGCAGCAGCUGCAGGACGCGCCCACGCUGCUGUGGCUCGGCCCCCAGGCUGGCCUCGACACCCAGCAGGGCAUGGAGCUCCUCUGCCUGCUGGGGGCGCUGCUGGCCUUCGGCGCCAUGGUGCUGGAGCCCCUGCGGGACUGCCUGGUGUUCCUGUGUCUGUGGCUGCUGUACCUGUCCCUCUACCAGGUUGGUCAAGUCUUUCUCUACUUUCAGUGGGACAAUCUCCUGCUGGAGACAGGCUUCCUGGCCAUCCUGAUUGCACCUCUCAACUUGUUUCGGGGGAAGUCCUCCUUCAAGCUCCAUGACGGAAUCACCUUCUGGCUGGUCCGCUGGCUGCUGUUCCGGCUCAUGUUUGCCUCGGGCGUGGUCAAGCUCACCAGCCGCUGCCCCACCUGGUGGGGCCUCACAGCCCUGACGUACCACUAUGAGACGCAGUGCAUCCCCACCCCACUGGCCUGGUUCGCCCACCAGCUGCCUGUCUGGUUCCAGAAGCUCAGCGUGGUGGGCACAUUCGUCAUCGAGAUCGCCUUCCCCUUCCUCUUCUUUGCACCAAUCAGGUGCCUGCGGCUGGGGGCCUUUUACUUGCAGGUCCUGCUCCAAGUGCUCAUCAUUUUAACAGGAAACUACAACUUCUUCAACCUCCUCACCCUCACCCUGUGCUUCUCCCUGCUGGACGACGACCAGGUGCACUCCUGGCUCGGGCGUGGCAAGAAGAAGAAGGCCAAGAGUUGGCCUGAAACACUGGUCUCAUGGACCACCCUCCUGAUCGAGCUGGGAGUCUAUGCUUUCAUCAUCUACUUGUCCAAAUUAUAUUUUGAGUUGGAAAUCAACUGGAAUAACAAAAAUGUAUCCUCAAAAACUGCAUUCACCUACCAUGAGUUUAACCAGUUUCUGAAGACAGUCACUGUUCCCAGCAUUUGGAUUGGAGUGCUGUCUUUGACCUGGGAAGUGGUCACAGCCAUGUUCAAGUGUGCCUGUGUGAGAGGCUUCUUCUGGAAACUCUGGGCAACUCUCCAGUGGGCCAUCAUGGCCACUGCUGCUGCAGGCGUGUUCGCUGUGAGCGUGGUUCCCUACACCUACAUUGAGUAUGAGUCCAACAGUAAUAUCUGGCCAGGUGUGAGGAAGGUGUAUGAAGCUGUGGAUCGCUACCAGGUGGUCAACUCCUACGGUCUCUUCAGGAGGAUGACUGGGGUCGGGGGACGGCCAGAGGUGGUGAUCGAGGGCAGCAUGGACAGAGUGACCUGGACGGAGAUCGAGUUCAUGUACAAGCCGGGCAAUGUGAGCGCGCCCCCCCCAGUGGUGGCCCCCCACCAGCCGCGCUUGGACUGGCAGAUGUGGUUCGCUGCCCUGGGCCCCCACACCCACAGCCCCUGGUUCACCAGCCUGGUGCACCGCCUGCUGCAGGGCAAGAGGGACGUGAUUGAGCUGAUCCAGACAGACGUGUCCCAGUACCCCUUCAGUCAGCAGCCCCCCGCCUUCCUCCGCGCCCAGCUCUACAAGUACUGGUUCACCGAGGCCAGUGAGGAUGGGUCGCCUCCUCAGCAGUGGUGGAGAAGGCAGUACGUGGAGGAAUUCUAUCCCACAGUGCACCUGGGAGACCCUGUCCUGGAGGGCCUGCUCAGUCAGCACGGGCUGAAGGAUAAGGGUGUGGUCAGGCGUGCUGCAGACACCGCGCUGCCCCGGGCCCUGAGGCAGGUGAGGGAGGGGGUUCGAGGCCUGCCCGCCCCCCUGCUGCUUGGCUCCCUGUUCAGCACUGGGGCGGCCAUCUGCCUCCUGAAGGUGCUGUUCUCCGGGACCCCUGCGGGCAGCCGGCCCAAACCCGCCCCUGCGGAACCAAAGAGCAGGAAGCCCAAGGAGGAGUCCCCACCCGCCCCCGAGAAGGAACCCAAGGAGGAGUGCAAGCCCAGCGAGGGAGAGAGGGAGAACUCGGAGGAGAGAGCGCUGGACUCUGACAGGAGCCCCAGGAAGAGGAAGUGAUGCGGCGGUGCGGCUCCUAAGUCAGGAAGCAGAAACGAGUGCCAAUCCCAAGUGCCCUUUCAUCUGCCAAUCCUGUCAAAGCACCGCCCACCCCCACGCUGCCCCUCUUCCCCACACAAACACACAUUCAUUAAUGCCUUGCACUUCUAGCUAUCAUAUGCCAGGGUGGUGAUGCUGCACAGUGAGCUGAACGUACCCCAGGCUAACUUCUGAAUGUCAGCAAUACAACAGCACUUGCAAAGGGCUGCUUGCACAGGCCUUUCUAUUGAUCUCCAUCCAAACAGCAGGCCUCUUUAAUGCCUGACUCCAGGGAAAGAGAACCUCCAGUGCUUCUCUUCAUCAGUCUUUAGUUUUAUGUUUUCCAUUCAGGGAUUUCCUCCAGGUUCACUUCUGUGGCUGUGGGACAUUGUCUGUCAGCACUGUCCAACCUGAGGAAGGUCUCUCCUCUUCCUCUCUGUACACAGAAGCUGUUCCUGCUUUCUAAGGUCAGCCUGUCUAAUGUCUCUCCCUGCCUGCCACACCUGCCUGAAUGUCAGGAUUGCAGCCAUUGUCAUGGUAAAUUCUUCCCUGCUGUUGAGACUAGGUUAGGCCUAGAUAUGUAUAUUAAUGUUACAUUGUUUGUAAUACGAGAUUCAGAAUCUUCUGCUGCAUUCAUAUUUUUUCGACCAUAUGUGACUUCAGAGCUUCAGGACAUCACUGCUUUGCCUUUUGCCAGCCUGCUGCCUUCUUUUUGCCACAGGUUUGCUUAAUCUCAAGCAGAUUCUACAAAGCGUUGAACACUUUGAAAGUGUUGAGCAAGUGUUGAGUAGUAGUUUUUCAGAGUGUUUUAUAAGGUGGCCUACCUUGGCGCCAUGGAGACAGCACCUCAGGUCCAGCGCCUCAUGCUUGUGUUGAUGAGGGCAGAGGAGUUAUCAGUGGCAUGCUGUC